AUGGAUGGAGCGAUGUGAGGAGAUUCGACUCCCGACAGGAGGGUGGUUUCAAGGAGGUCCAUCGUCAAGAUAUUUCAUCCAAGAGGCAGUUGAUGGAUACCCCAGAAAGCUCUUCGAAAGUACCUACAGCUGUGAUGACAUCGUAGUGAUGAGUCUUUACAUUUGCCAAAGAAGUAGGAUUAGCUGAAGACACACGUGAAUCUUGCGGGAAGCAUGCGUCUAAGAAGCUUGAAAAGUUCAUCUUGACCUCACUGAGGUCAUUGGACAUCGAUUGAAGAAAGUCUGAAGACUGUUCGGGGGAGAAGAGCGCCGAAAAUUGGGUUCGCCGUCUAGUAUCCAAAUUCUUGGAGAGACACCGGAUCGUCUCUGCCUCAUUGUGGACGUCGUAGUGCUUCCAAGAGCCAUGCCUGGUUCUACGUGGGCUCAGAAACUCAGUGGCUCCACGGUGCUUUUCGUUGUGGCCCUGGUGUGCUUCAUUGUUGGAUGGGUUACAAACCUCAAGGCCCUCACCACUAUCGCCUACAUUUUGUUCAUUGUCGUCGCUCUAAUGGGUCUCUACGCCUUGUGUUGCACAACGAAAUUCGUUAAAGGAACAGUGAUCGCUACUCCUGAGCACACGACUGUUGUCCACCUGCAACAUCCUUCCGCACAUCCCUCUAUGGCACCGGUUCACUCUCCUCCAACUUCUAUGCCACCGACUCACACCGCUGUGCCAGGAUUUCGUCCACAAUACCACCCCCAGGACCAACCGCCGCCGUACAGCGCGGCAGUCAAACAAAACUUUACUAAUUGA